AGCGAGAGCACGAGCACGAGCAGUCGAGGUCGGGCAGAGCAGCAGCCAAGCGCCACACGCCGACGCGAACCAACCAAGCUGCUGGUAGGUUAGCUAGCUCGGGAUCGGAGGAGAUGCUAGCUGCCACGAUGACGCCUCGCCGCGCCUCCCUCUCCGCCGCCGUGCUCCUCUUGGCCUCCGCCGCUGCGGUCUCCGGGUUCCACCUCGGCGGGGACGAGAGCGGCCUCGUGCAGGGCGUGCUCGCCGCGCUCCGCGAGCGGGCCGAGGCCGAGGAAGCCGCGCGCUUCGCCGUCGCCCACCACAACAAGAACCAGGGUUCUGCUUUGGAGUUUACAAGGGUGCUGAAAUCGAAGCGGCAGGUCGUGACUGGGACUCUGCAUGACCUGGUAUUGGAGGCAGCUGAUGCUGGAAAGAAGAGUCUGUACAGAGCAAAGGUUUGGGUGAAGCCAUGGGAAGAUUUCAAGUCAGUUGUCGAGUUUCGCCUUGUUGGAGACUCUGAUGCCGAAUCCGAGUCUUCCGUUGCUUCUGAUGAAAGCUCCCGUCAAGCUAUUGCCAAGGUCUCUCUUGAAGCUGACAUCGUACAAGAAGAGGCUCGCCUGCACACCAUUGAGAAUGAAGGACUUUCCAGGGACUUCACAUCGUCCUCUUAGACACACUCGGUGUGACUAGGAUUCCAGGAGAGGAUGGAAGGUGUGAAGGUAGUAACUGAAGUCUAAGGUAUCUAGAUAUAAGUAGGUCGCUGUCAAGCUGAAAUGCUUUGACUCGUUUACCGGAAUAUGUAUAUUUCGUUGGGCUUUGAACGUGGGAACAUAGAUCUGUAUAUUUCAGUAUUUCACACUGUCCGUUUCCAUGUCUGUACAUAAGGGAGUUCUUCUGUCUGUUUACGGCAGUAGUACUUCAACUGCAUAAAUGUUAGUAUGCAAAAUCAUCGUCUGGUUUACAACUA